AUGCAGUCAGAUUUUGGCUCAGUGAAAUUUUGGUUUAGUAGCCAAGAGGCAAACGAGGGGUCGUGUUUCCGGCCUCUUGCUGGUAAUUUUCAGGUCAAGAGAACAAAAUUUCGAAGGUUCUCAGGAUCAUCUCAACAGGGUGUUUGCAUUUGAUUAGCCAAGUUGUCUAGGCUUUGUUUGGGUUACUCACACUAUCUUAAAACACACAAUUUCACAGACACGAAAAAUUACUCCAUCACAAUGCACUCUAAAUCAAAACACACCCAAACACAAAACAAAACUCAAACAUACACACAAAACUCAAACAAGCACAUCUCACGUAACAAAAAUCUAAACACACUCAAACACAACAUAACAAAAGAAACAAAAUACAGCACACCACAAAAGUAGACACCAAAAAAGGGACAAAAAAACAAAACUUCACGAUCAAUAUCUUUUUGUAUUGGUAAGAAGUUUGAGAUUCAGUUGCCUAGUCAAUUUCAGGUGAAGUAUCGUUCUCUUCUCAUUUCUUUGUCUUUUACAACUAUCAAUUAUUUUGUCACAUUGAAUCUAAUUACUUUUUAUGCUGCUCUCAAAGUGAAAUUCAAGCCAGUACAAGCGAAAACAGUGUCCUGCAUACAAAACU